UAAUAUGGAUCAGACCAACAUAUAAACGGUGCAAACAGCGGUAUUAUGUCUGGAUUCUUUCUCCAUUUAACUACGGUGUCAGCAUGUUGAAAUUCAGCACGGAGGUCGUUGCAAGGGAAGUAACUCCUGCGUAACUUAAUUUCGACAUAAAAUAUCGUGUGAUAUAAAUAUGGCGCUACCAAUCACACAUGUAAUAUUUGAUGUUGACGGGUUGUUGCUUGAUUCAGAGCGACUGUAUGAUAUCAUUAAUGACUCGAUAAUGAAGGAAUACGGCAAGACACUAUCUACGGACGUCAAGCGUAAAAUAAUGGGCAAGAAGGAAACGGAAGUGGCGAAAAUUCUAAUAGACGAGUUUGAGCUACCCAUCACAACAGAGGAAUUUCUCCAAGAAGACCGAAAACAACAGGCGGUGUUGCUACCUAAUGUAGAAUUACUACCAGGUGCAGAAAAGUUGGUAAGACAUCUCCACAGACAUGGAGUCCCUAUCGCCGUGGCAACAGGUUCCAGUAAGCGAAGUAUGGGACUGAAAACGACACGUCACAAAGAUCUUUUCGACCUUUUCCAUCAUUUUGUUUACAGUAGUGAUGACCCGGAAGUGACGUGCAGUAAACCAGCCCCGGAUUGUUUUUUACUUGCUGCCAGACGGUUUCCAGACAACCCUGACUCUAACAGGUGUCUAGUGUUGGAGGACGCUUGUAAUGGUGUGAUGGCGGCCCAUGCUGCAGGAAUGCAGUGUGUGUGGGUACCGGACCCGACACAACCUCAAGACGGAUACAGAGAGAAAGCUACUCUCACACUGGACUCACUCUUACAGUUCAAACCAGAACAAUUCGGGCUUCCCCCGUAUGACAGUGAGGAUGGACGAUAACAGAAUCUGACCAACUCCAGGGUGGAUUCCGAACAGAACCUCAGUCACCCCAUUAUUACCUCAAUUAAUUGUGUAUACAUGUGUGUCAACUUCAUGCUAUAGAAUACAUAUGUUUAUAGUUGUGUAACAAUAUUUAAGUCAUAGGAUCUACGACAUUCAUCUGAACAAAUAUAUUCCGGUUUUCAUGGAAACGACUCUCGUGCUGAAUAAAUGAAUUAAGAAAUAC